AUGGCUCCGGCCGGCACUGCCGUGGCAGCCCCCGGGGACUCCGCGGGCCGGGACAGCUCGGGCAAGCACUACCUGUGCGGGCUGUGCGCCGCCUUCACCAACAUCAUGGUGACGUUCCCCAUCCAGAAGGUUCUGUUCCGGCAGCAGCUGUACGGGCUGCGCACGGGGGAGGCGGUGCGCCAGCUGCGCCGCGACGGGCUGCGCACGCUGUACCGCGGCAUCCUGCCGCCGCUGAUGCAGAAAACCGCCACCAUGGCGCUCAUGUUCGGCCUCUACGAGGAUUUCUCGGCGCUGCUGCUCAGCCACGCCCGCGCCCCCGAGCUGCUGACGCGCAGCGCCGCGGCCGCGCUCACCGGCACCACCGAGGCCGUGCUCACGCCCUUCGAGCGCGUCCAGACGCUGCUGCAGGACUACAAGCACCACGACAAGUUCACAAACACUUACCAGGCUUUCAAGGUGCUGAAGGCCUACGGGAUGCGGGAGUAUUACCGGGGAUUGGUGCCGAUUCUGCUCCGAAACGGGCCCAGCAACGUGCUCUUCUUCGGCCUCAGGGGGCCCAUCAAGCAGUACCUGCCUGAAGCCACCUCCUACAGCUCGCACAUGGUCAACGACUUCAUCUGCGGGGGGCUGCUGGGCGCCGUGCUGGGCCUCCUGUUCUUCCCUGUGAAUGUCAUAAAAACUCGCAUGCAGGCUCAGAUCGGUGGCGAAUUUCAGUCCUUCUCCAAAGUGCUCGUGAAGAUCUGGCUGGAACGCGACAGGAAGGUGAUCCACCUCUUCAGAGGAGCCCACCUGAACUGCCACCGCUCCGUGCUGUCCUGGGGGAUCAUCAACGCCACCUACGAGUUCCUGCUGAAGCUGCUGUGACCCCGCCCUGCUCGUCGUGGGGCGCCAGCACUCAGUGUCCUUGGUCCCAGGGAACAGUGCCCGUGCGUGUGACAGGUAUUUAUGGGGUGAAUGGUGAUGCGUUUAAACCUUGGUGCAAUUAUGAUGAACUUUUUAAAGUAUUCCUUUGCUGGCAGGUGAGUUGACCCGUAACAGAGCUACUAGACAAAUGCAAGGUGUAAAAGAGGAAACAAAAGUAGUCUGUAUCACUCCCAAAAUUCCAUAACGCUCUGUGAUGGGAUGCACUCCACUGCCCAUGUUUAGAACAUGAGAAUCAAGGAGGGGCUGAAGAAAAACAAUUCCAUUGCUUGAUCAUCUUCCAAGUCUCGAUUUUGGGAACUGCAUUUCAGAUGUUUUGGGGUCCUCAUUGCAUAAAGCUCAAAGGACACAUCCAGAAGGGGAUGACUGAGGUGCAGAGCUCCCAGCUGCACCUCAGCAGCUGCAGCCACCGCAGGGUGUGGCCUGCAGUGACCGUGUCCUCCAGCCUGGCCCUGGCCGUGUGACCUCAGCCCAGGCUGGAUCUCUGUGUGUAUGUGUGUGUGUGUUCGUACGUGUGCCUUCCUGCCAAAAGGGAAAAGCGGAAGGAAUGGGACAGCAAACUCACUGAAGCUUUAAAGUGUCCUUCCUCGUUAAAAAACACGGAGUUUGUUCUGCUUUUUGUGAGGACUUUUUUUUUUUUAAUUGCUGCUUUUCCUGUUGCCUCCAGCUACGGGGAUCAGGGAGGUGUCCCUAUCUGUAGUGCUCGAGGGACACUCCAGCUCCUGCAGCUGCUCAAGCACUUCACACACGGCUUUUUGCACUGCCACAUCUUGUCUGCCCUCAGUUCCCUCUGCGGAAUUACAGAUCACAAGAUGUUGUUACCCAAAACUCGGGGUUCUGCCUGCUUGGUGUGUGCUGUUAGUGGUUCUGCAAGACAGAGGGGCACAGGCAAGGUGCGGUUCCUGGGUUACCUGCUUCAGUGGAGGUCUGUAGGUAUAGUGGAGAUGAAAAGCCAAAGAUGACCUUGGAAGCAGGGAGGCAGGAAAGGUGGAGUGCUUGGAGACAUGUUUCAGGACUGCUGUAGGCAAAGAUUGAAAAGGGCUGACAGAAAUCUCUGUCUUAGAGACAUAGGACUUGAGUGAGAGAGGACUUCAGGCUUUAGAUACAGGGACAGAAGAGCGAGCACAACCCUGAGCUAGAUGAGUGUCUCAACAAAAAGUGUUUGAAUGUCCCUGAGGGCUUCCUCUUUAAUUAAACUAUACAUUCAUAUAUAAGCCAGAACACUUUGGAUGAUGGGGAGCAGCAGAGCUUUCAGAAACCGCUUUGAAUUUAGUCUUUUCUUAAGUCUCGGAGGGGCUACUGCUUUUCUGAAUUUGAGCUUUCCAUUUGCUAAAACUGUCUUCCGAAAUUGAACCUAAUCAGUGUGUUGUAAUCAUACAGUCCUGAGCUUCACAGAUGGCAGGGGGUGGGCACAAGCACGAGUUCCUGUAUCCCAGUGAUGAUUAUUUGCAUCUAAAUAAAAUGUUUACUGGAUGUUUGUUACUGGCAGAAUCUGAUUUUUACCAGUGUACCUUUUUUUUUUUUUUGUAAUCACUCCUUGAUGGAAUAAAAAAAAAUCUGCAUCCUGUU